UAAUUCUAAAUCUUCUUAUUCUCAUCAAUUUCUCAGAAAACAACAACAAUGUCUGAAACACCUUCUUCCACCAUUGACCCUUAUGAAUUCCUCAAAAUUGAGCUCAACCCCGAUGGUGCUUCUCUUACUCGAAACUACCAAGUUCCCUCCGUUCCUCCCUGCCCCGUCGUAGAACCCCACGCGCCACCUGAAGAACAACAAGCCAUCUCCAAAGACCUCCCACUCAACCCAGCCACAAACACCUCCCUCCGCCUCUACCUCCCCCACCCUCCUCCGCCGUCAAAGAUCCCCCUCCUCAUCUACAUCCACGGCGGCGGCUUCAUCCUCUACCACCCUUCCACCAUCUUUUUCCACUACUCCUGCAACUCCCUCUCCGCCUCCCUCCCCGCCGUCGUUGCCUCCGUCGACUAUCGCCUCGCGCCGGAGCACCGUCUCCCAGCUGCAUACGAUGACGCAAUCGAUGCCAUUAAAUGGGCCCAGGCCCAAGCACAAAACCCGGCCCAAUCUGACCCAUGGCUCCGCGACUACGUGGAUUUUGAUAAAACCUUCUUAAUGGGAAGCAGCUCUGGGGGAAAUAUAGUGUACUUCGCAGGUCUACGUGCACUCGACCUUGAUCUCUCGCCGUUGAACAUUCGAGGGAUAUUAAUGAACGCUCCUUAUUUUAGUGGGACCCAGAGGUCAACCUCGGAGCUUCGCUGGGUCAACGAUCGGAUUCUUCCCCUGCCCGCAAAUGACCUUAUGUGGGCGUUGUCGCUGCCCGAGGGGGCUGACCGCGAUCACGAGUAUUGCAAUCCGACGGCUGCGGAUGCGGUUCACGGAGAAAAGAUCGGACGGCUACCUCUGUGUUUUGUGAACGGGUACGGCGGGGAUCCUUUGGUGGACAAGCAGAGGGAGUUAGUUGGGUUGUUGAAGGCACGUGGGGUGCACGUGGAUGCUCAUUUUGUGGACGAUGGGUUCCAUGCUGUGGAGUUAUUUGAUCCUGAGAAAGCAAAGGCUUUGCGUGAAAAGAUCAAAGGUUUCAUUCAUGCAGCUACUUCUAAAUCUACUUUGUGAUUUGAUUUGUUAACGUCAUGUAUGUGACACUCGCUAUGAAUAAAAAAUGUAUGGAAUUCUAGUUAAAUUACUAAAGUUUUCAUGAGUUGUUGUUUAGCAAAAAUGUAGUAACAAAAACUAAAAAUAAAGAUAUAUAUGUGAAUGGCAAUAUCAAGAUUA